AUGGCGACUUUCCUCCUGGAUCAGACACUGGUCAACGCUGAAGAAGCGCAACAAUACCGCCAGUACAUCAACAAUGCUACUGCUGAGCGAAGUCCAAACUAUAUCAACAUCCUUUCGAACAUCCCUCGACCUUGUACGCCAUCAUAUGCUCCCUUCGCAACCUUGUAUGCCUUGCUCGAAACCGUGAGUGGGCCAUGGCCGGUACUGGACUUGCAGAGGACACACACAGAACUUUGGAAGCUCCUUCCAGAAGAUGCAAAGGCUGGCCGUGCAUCGACAACUGGCCAACAUCUAAUCGACCGCUGCCUGCAACAAUGCAAGUCAUCGUACGCGUCACUACUCGAUCUCUACCACCCAUCUUCCACGGCAGCUGCCAUAAUCGACCCCGAAAGCGGGAAGUCAUUGCAACAUGACAAGCUUCACAAGAUUGUACGAGACUUCCAACUACCCGUCCGAGCAACGACCCAGAAAAGGCCAGUCGUCGCCAUAUCAUUGCCAAAUGGACCACUGCUGGCGUUGACAGUCCUUGCAACUGCAACAUACUACACAGCUGCGCCUGUCGCUCAUGGUACCGGCGUUGGCCCAGAACAGACAAAAGCCGACAUACUGCAAAGCAAAUCCGACCUGGUCCUUGCAUCCGCUGCUGAUGUCGACCGGCUCGGAUUGCGUGAUGCGUGGCUCGAGGAAGCCGGCAUUUCUGUACUUCUGGUCGAACUUUCCGAGUCCAUGGAUCUGGUGGUCAAGGAUCUUGACGGACACCGCAUUCGAUGCAAUGACACUCCGAUUCCAAAUACCGCUGACGAUGUUGCCAUCGUGCUCUUCACAAGCGGCACGAGUGGGACGAAGAAACUUGUUCCUUUGGGCGUUCAUUCCAUGGUGGCGGGCGUGGCGAUGGUCGUCGAAUCAUGGGGAUUGUCACCGUCGAUGCGGUGCUUGAACCAGAUGGCUUUGAACCAUGUUGGAGGAUUAGUGAGAAAUCUCUUCUCGCCUGUCUUCUCAGGUGGUUCAGUCAUCUGCUGCACCGCGUUCGAUGCGAAUCUGUUCUGGGAUUGCGUCGAGGACUUCGCACCAACAUGGUACUACGCCUCUCCAAGCAUGCAUCAAGUCAUCCUAGAAGCUAGAGCUGCUCGCCCUGAGAGCGUCGCCAAAAGUCGUAUCAAGCUGGUCUGCAACGCUGCUGGGGGCCUACUCCCAUCGUUGGCGAUUCAAUUACGAGAGACUUUCACGACUGCCUCAUGUGAGUGCACUGUGUUGCCAAGCUAUGGUAUGACCGAGUGCAUGCCAAUUUCGACGCCACCCCUGAACUACCGUCUGGAGAAGACUGGAACCUCAGGCGUCAGCGUUGGUCCGGAGAUUACCAUCCUCGACGGACGAGACCGACCACAAUCAUCACAAGCAGAGGUUGGCCGUAUCGCAGUACGUGGUGCACCUGUAUUUGGCGGAUACCUCAAAGCGAACAACGUCAUCGACAAGUCUUGCUUCACUUCCGAUGGCUGGUUUGACACUGGAGACAUGGGAUAUCUUGACGAACAGGGCUACCUGUACAUCACUGGCCGAAGCAAAGAAGUUAUCAAUCGCGGAGGAGAGCUGAUCUCACCCUUCGAAGUCGAGGAAGCCAUUGUUGCGGCUGCCUCCAACCCUGAGACACCGAUCUAUGGCCGUGUCAGCAAGGCUCUGGCAUUUUCAGUCACACACGACGUCCUCCAGGAGGUUGUCGGGAUUGCAGUGGCCACUCCACCCGGAUUCAAACGUCCAUGCCUGCGAACCAUUCACGACUCUGUCAAGUCCGUUCUGAGCCAAGUCAAGAUUCCAGUAGCUAUCGUUUACCUGGACGGUGGUGUCCCAACGAACAACAACAAAGUCCUUCGAAUCAAACUGGCAGAUCGCCUGAAUCUUCCUGAGAUUUCAGACAAUACACCGCCAUCUGGACGAUGUUUUGAGGCCAUCUGCCCGCCACCAAACACCGCGCUCAGCCAAUCGAUCGAAUGCAAACCUCUCACGUUCACGCACAAGUCUCUGAGAGAUGCAUGCGCUGCUGUAAUACCGGACACUCACGACUUCCACAUCGAGAAUGACCAUGCUUUCUGGCCAGAACUUUUCAUUGCACCAAAGGGAUCGAGCGAAGUCUCAGAGAUAUCUACACAUGACAUUACUGAGGCCUUGGCAGCACGUCUUGAUGGCUACAACAUCCCCUCCAAGAUCUCGCAGCUGCCUGACCCGUUCCCUCGCGAUGCAUACGGCGUGGUCGAUCAAGCGACUCUGGAGAAGAAGCUCAACUCAAGCAAUGUUACAACGGUCUCCGGCGACUUGAGCCCGAUUGAAGCUACGGUCAGCAAAGUGUUUGCUCAAGUGCUCAGCAUUCCGGCGAACGGCAUCUCUGCUGAAUCGGACUUCUUUGAAUUGGGGGGUGACAGCAUGGGAGCAGGUCGGCUGCUGAACGCACUCAGAAAAGAGUAUCCACUGCGACUGCCGAUCAACAUCCUCUUCAUCAACCCGAAGGUCUCCCAACUCGCCAAGGUCAUCGAAGAGAAGCUUCCUCGAGACCAAAGUGCUUCAGACGAGAAGGUCAUCGUCAAGGAGCCUGAGCUUCUACCUGGAUGCGAGGAGACGUGCAGUUCGACCAACCCGCUACUCAUGAUGCUUCAACUGGUCCCGAUGCUGCUUCUCUAUCCCAUGAGACGGGCUUUGACAUGGACCAUCUUCAUGUACAUAUUGACAGAGACUCAGGGCUGGAUCACCAACAACGCACUGUACGGACGACUCUUCGAUCUGGUCAUCUCCAUCACCAUUGGUGGUAUGUGCACAAGAAUCAUCGCUCCACUUCUCGCCAUUGCCUUCAAGUGGCUGGUCGUCGGCCGCUACAAGGAGGGCCUGUAUCCAAUGUGGGGCUCGUAUCAUACACGAUGGUGGCUGGUGCAAAAGACGACUGCAGUCGCUGGACAAGGAUUCUUCAGUCUGUUCAACUGGACCAGAGUUCUUUACCUCCGCCUCCUGGGAGUGAAGAUUGGGAAGAACGUCGUCGUGCAAAAGGGUGUUACUUCAGGCGAAUGGGACCUGAUCACAAUCGGCGACGGCGUGACUCUCGAACGCUGCAUCAUCCGGCCCUUCGCCGCCGAGCGAAACACAAGCAUGUACUUGGGACGAAUUCAUAUUGGAGCCAACGCCUCGAUUGGCCUCGCAUCCAACGUCGCAGCUGGCACCACUGUUCCUGAGAAUGCUUGCAUUGGACCCAACUCCUCAAGCUGGGAAGUUGAUGGAGCAGACGAAGGCAACCGUGACCUCGGAGCCAGCAAGAUCCCACCGGCUCACUGGAUCCUCGACUUCCUCGUCGGCAUGCCUCUGCACUUCGUCGUCAAGUUCGUCGGUGCAAUCCCCUGGCUCGCAGCCUUGAUUGCUCUCGUCAGACACGAGCCCAUCAAAGUUCCCGACAUGUUGCGUGCCGUCAUGAUAUGGUUCGCCUCGCCGAAUCGAGUGGCAUUCCACUACCUCGCCUUAGCCGCCAACGUCGCUGUUGGGCCGAUCUUCUUGUACGGAGCUACGCUCAUCAUCAAGAAGUUCUUCGACUUGUGCUGUGGCGGCAAGAUCCAGCCUAGCCAUGCUGAUGGCAGGUCGCAGAUGACCAAGUUCAGAAUGCAGUGGCUCAGGACGGUAAUGCCGGCUCCUCAAUUUCACAAGUUGACUGAGCUGUUCGGCACGCAUUAUGAGGCUACCUCGAUCUUUGCUCGAGCACUGGGAAGCUCGGUGGGUAAGAGAGUCUACUGGCCAGGAACCGGUCCUUCAGUUCAAGAUUGGGAUCUUAUCGAUGUCGGUGAUGAUGUUGUCUUCGGUUCUCGAUCUCACCUCGUCACUUCGGACGGUACUGGAAGCGAUUACGUCCGCAUCAAAUCUGGGGCCAUGGUCGCUGACAGAGUCGUCCUUCUCCCCGGCGUGGAGCUGGGUGAGAAGGUCGUCAUGGGCAGUGGUGCUCUAACAACACGUAACCGUCAAUACGCCCCUGAAACGACCUGGGUCGGCAGUAAAGGCGGCGAAGCACUGUGCUUGACUGUGGACACUCCUUCAGGCCAAACCACGGGAGCGUCAACACCGGCAGGACCAGGCCGUCUCAGUAGCCAGUACGACGAGAAGCGCGCCGAACUCAUCAAUAUGUCGAGCAUCAACUCCACCAGCACGACACUGGCCAAAGACUUCAUCAACUCAGAGACUUCCAGCUUAAGCAAUAUGGAGAAAGGCACUUCCUACAACGACAUGAACAAGAACAAGACCGCCGAACCAUACAUUCGCGAAGUCCCUCCCUCCCGAUCCACAACCACUGCCGAAGAUUCUUCAACCGUCUCCCCCUUCGGCCGCGCCUUCUACCAAGGGCAAGCCACCUACCGCGUCUGGUCCCAAUUCACAAUCUUCUGCUACUCGACCCUCAUCACCGUCCUCAACGGCGUCUACUGGAACAUCGGCUCCGUGUCCGCGGUCCAAAUCGUCGCCCGAUUGUACAAAUCCCACAACGUCCUCGCGCAGUCCUUCCUCGCAGACCACUGGUGGCGACCCCUGGCCAUCUACGCCUUCUUCACCGCCCUCAUCGUGGGCAUCAUGGCUUUGCAGAGUGUGUUUGUGAUUUUGGCGACCAUCGCCGCGAAAUGGAUCAUCAUCGGCCGCCGCCAACCGGGCAACUACGACUGGGAUAAAUCCUCCUACUGUCAACGCUGGCAACUCUUCCUCAAAUUCGAGACGUUCCGUCGACACUGCUAUGGCGGGUACGGUAUUCUCGGACUGCUGACGGGCACGCACUGGAUCACUCUGUACUUCCGCGCAUUAGGAGCCAAUAUCGGCAAGGACUGCGCUUUGUUCGCGGGAGGGUUACCGAGUCUCUUCUUCACGGAACCGGAUCUCCUCACGCUCGGCGACCGUGUGGCUGUCGAUGACGCCUCGCUGGUGGGCCAUAUCAACACUCGCGGCAAAUUCGAUCUCAACCCUCUACACGUCGGCGCACGGUCUGUUCUGCGAAGCGGUUCGAGAUUGCUGUCCGGUGCGAGGAUGGAAGAGGAUUCCUGCUUGCUAGAGCAUACGCUCGUCAUGGCGGGCGAUGUGGUUGACGCUCGCGUUACGAGUCAGGGUUGGCCUGCAGAGGAGUUUAUGGGGUCGAGGAUGUCCACACUGGAGAUGGAGAGAAGGUGGAGGGUUAAGAAGGAAUGA